AUGGAAGCAUGUCAUUCCUCCGCCACAGUCUGCUCAGGUACAGACUGCCUGGUUCCUCCAAGUAACUUUAAUGCCAUCCUUAGCACGGUGUUGAGCAUCGUGCUCACAACCAUGCUGGCCUUUGUCAUGUUUGCCAUGGGCUGCACCGUGGAUGCCCACAAGUUAUUGGGGCACAUCAAGAGACCCUGGGGAAUCGUCAUCGGCUUCCUCUGCCAGUUCGGCAUCAUGCCCUUCACUGCCUUUGCGCUUUCUCUUGCUUUUGGGGUUCUCCCUGUGCAGGCCAUCGUUGUCAUCAUUAUGGGUUGCUGUCCUGGAGGAACCAGUUCAAACAUCAUCUGCUUCUGGCUGGAUGGAGACAUGGAUCUGAGCAUCAGUAUGACCGCCUGCUCCUCCAUCUUGGCCUUGGGCAUGAUGCCGCUCUGUCUGUUCAUCUACACCAGCGCCUGGACUUCCAGCGACGCCAUAAAGAUUCCCUUUGACAGCAUUGGAAUCACUCUUGCAGCACUUCUUAUACCAAUAGCAGUGGGGAUUUAUGUAAAAACCAAGUGGCCUCGUAUUGCAAAAAAGAUCCUCAAGGUUGGUUCUAUCGCUGGGUUUGCUCUCAUUAUCAUCAUAGCGGUGGUGGGAGGCGUCCUCUACCAAUCCUCCUGGGUCAUUUCUCCCUCCUUAUGGAUCAUUGGAACCAUCUAUCCCUUCAUUGCCUUCAGUAUGGGUUUCUUAUUGGCCCGGUUUGUGGGUCAGCCCUGGCACAGAUGUCGAACGAUUGCCCUAGAAACAGGAUUCCAGAACGCCCAGUUGUGCAGCACUAUCACCCAGCUCUCCUUCACCGCUGAAGAACUGGAGGUCAUGUUUGCGUUCCCUCUGAUCUACAGCAUCUUCCAGCUCGCCAUGGCUCUCGUUGCUGUGAUUGCUUACCAAGUAUAUAAAAGGAAAUGUGGAAAAGGUUCUGACAAUGAGAUCAGGGAAGAUGAUGGAGAAACUAAACAAACUGCUGUGGAUAACAAAGCUUUCGACUCUGAUGAGCUGAACGGCACCUUUGCACACAUAAAGGAGUGA